CCCGUUAGCUGUCGCACCGGUGACUGCUUGACGCAUAUUGUUCACAGCCCCCAGUAAAAUAAACAUCAGCUAUGUCGAUAUUCUGUGAGGUCCCUCAAGCAGCGCCCGUUGCUGUCUUCAAGCUAACGCAGGAUUUCAAUAACGACCAGUUUCCUCAGAAGGUGAACCUCGGAGUGGGAGCCUACCGGACAGAUGAAGGCCAGCCUUGGGUUUUGCCAGUGGUGAAGAAAGUGGAAAAGAUCAUUGUGCAUGAUGACAGGCUAAACCAUGAGUAUCUGCCCAUCCUGGGUUUGCCUGAGUUCAGAUCCUCAGCCUCCAAGAUUGCGCUGGGUGACGACAGUCCUGCCAUCCAGGAGAACAGGGUGGGAGCUGUCCAGUGUCUGGGGGGUACAGGUGCUUUGAAGAUGGGUGCAGAGUUUCUCAGGCGUUUCUACAAUGGAAAUAACAACACCAAAACACCCGUCUAUGUGUCUGCGCCUACCUGGGAAAAUCACAAUGCUGUGUUCGCCAAUGCUGGCUUUGAGGAUGUCCGCCCAUACAAGUACUGGGAUGCAGAGAAGAGGGGCCUUGAUUUGGCUGGUUUCCUCGGUGACCUGGAGAUUUGUCCAGAACACUCCAUCUUUGUCCUGCAUGCCUGUGCCCAUAAUCCAACUGGCACCGACCCCACACAGGAGCAAUGGAAGCAGAUUGCUGAAGUUAUGAUGAGGAGGAAGCUGUUUGUGUUCUUUGACUCAGCUUAUCAGGGAUUCGCCUCAGGGAGUCUGGAGAAAGAUGCCUGGGCAGUCCGCUACUUCGUCUCUAUGGGCUUUGAAAUGUUCUGCGCUCAGUCGUUCUCCAAGAACUUUGGCCUCUACAAUGAGCGUGUGGGCAACCUGACCAUUGUAGCUAGUGAUGCAGACAACCUGAAGCGAGUUCUGUCCCAAAUGGAGAAGAUUGUCAGGACCACCUGGUCCAACCCACCGUCUCAGGGAGCUCGCAUUGUUGGCAUCACUCUGAACUCUCCUGAGCUCUUUUCUGAAUGGAAGGACAAUGUGAAGACCAUGGCUGACAGGGUCUUGUUGAUGAGGGCUCAGCUGAAAGCUAAGCUCCAAGCUCUGGGGACACCAGGCACGUGGGACCACAUCACAGAGCAGAUUGGCAUGUUCAGCUUCACAGGCCUCAACCCCAAACAAGUGGAAUAUUUGGUGAAGGAGAAACACAUCUACUUAAUGGCCAGUGGUCGCAUCAACAUGUGCGGUUUGACCACCAAGAACAUCGACUAUGUGGCCGAGUCCAUCCACGAGGCCGUCACCAACGUCCAGUAGAAGACCACACUGCCCACAUUUCUCAGCACUUCCUCGGCCCAGGGACAGUGUUUGUAUCCAGCAGGUUUCUUGGAGCAAACAUAAAGUCUCAUUUGCACAAGUAUACAAACAGCUCAUUAGCCCUGUUCCCCGCUCCUUGUCAGUGUUUGUGCUAAGCUAGGCUAAACACAUUCAGGGUGAAUGUGUUUUUCUACUGAACACACAAAGACGGUUCUCAUUUAACUCCCAUUUUUUCCAAAACGUGGGAAUUAUUCCUUUAAGCAGUUGUGUUCAUAAUUUGUCCUCCAGUUUGCUCUGUGUUGGCCACCUACUUAGUGUGUGUACUUCACUGAUAUUUUUUUCUUUUCCACAUGUUGUGUACUAGUUGUCUGUGUGUCAUUACCAGGACCUUAGAGAGGGUUAGUACAUCCAUCUGUGACUGUGCUAUAAUUACCUCAGCAGUGCUAACUCUGCUGUCUAAAACUGUUCAAUGUCAAUGUUAUGAUUCAUCCAGUCCAAGUGUUGAUAUAACACAUUUCCAAUUUUAUUUAGCCCGUAAUUAGCAUGUAUGAUCAGCUGUUUUGAAGAGGAGCUUUUGGCUGUUAACAUGACCAAACUGACUCAGUGUAGCUUAGCAUUUACCACCUGUAUCAUGAAUUAAGUAGCUGUAUGACGUUUACUUCUGGAUGAAAUGUGAACAAGAGACUAGUGUUCUCAGGAAGAUAUUUUUAACUUGAACUACGUAAUUUAUUAAUGAUAAUAUUUUUUGCCCAAAGCGGUUACACUAAUUACCUCACUUUUAAUCUGUAUUUAUGGAGUGUUUUUCCUUCCAGUUUACGUUCCAUGAGCACGUAGAGCACUGAACCAUCCUGACAGGUGUCGUGACUCCGGAGUAAUCUCAGUGUUUUCUGCUGCCAGCUGUGUGUUGUGAUGUUUCUGGUUCAGUCAGGCACCUGCCAGUGAAUGUUUGCACAGUGAUUGUCUGCACUAUUAUGUAAGACCGUCAUGUCAGUGGCACAAACACGCUAAUGAUCAACCAGUUUGCUAUUGUAUCAAUGUGCACACCGCACCAAUGAAGAAGUCUUACCGUUUAGCAAAUGAGUUUCAGCUGAAAAUGUUCUCAUCAGAUCGUAAAAGGACAAGAAUUAACUACUACAAUAAAGAACUAUAAAUAUUAUGUUUAUAUUGUUGUCAUAUAUUUUGGAGCUGAUAUGUGUUCAGCGAUAAGGUUUGUACUUAUGCAUCAGCCUUUACAAGCUUCUGUACAAAUCAUUUGAAGUGAGUGACCACAGAUAUACUAUCCAGUACACACAAGUAUAAACAGUAGAAAUAAAGAGAA